AUGAUUAAUUUUCAAGCAUGUUCUUUUAAUAUCUUGAAUAUUUUUUUUGUUCUCAUUCUUCUCCUCCCUAGCAUAUCUGGUGAUUGUACGUGUGAUGCUGAGGUAAAAGAAAAUGACAAUAAUGCAGCACUAAAAUAUAAGCUGGGUUCAAUAGCCUGCAUUCUUGUUGCUAGUGCUGUAGGGGUAUGCAUCCCCUUGCUAGGCAAGAAAGUUCCAGCUCUAAGGCCAGAGAAUGAUAUCUUUUUCAUUAUCAAGGCCUUUGCAGCUGGUGUGAUUCUAGCCACCGGAUUCAUUCACAUACUGCCGGAUGCAUUUAGUGACUUGACUUCUCCAUGCCUUGGUCAAAAUCCGUGGGGCAAUUUUCCCUUCACAGGCUUCUUUGCCAUGGUGUCUGCUAUUGGAACAUUAAUGGUCGACGCCUAUGCCUCUACCUAUUAUAACAGGUUGCACUUUAAUAAGCAGGGAAAUGUUGCAGCAGAAGAGAUGGGCGACGAGCACGCAGGUCACGUACAUGUUCACACACAUGCGGAACAUGGUCACGCUCAUGGAUCAGUCACCACGUCGGGAGGAACGCAUCCGCCGGAGCUAAUCCGUCACCGUAUUAUAGCACAAGUGUUGGAAUUGGGGAUUGUGUUUCAUUCAGUGAUCAUUGGAGUAGAUAUGGGUGCCUCUAAAAGCGUUGCGACAAUAAGGCCGCUCCUCGUAGCCUUGAGUUUCCAUCAAUUUUUUGAGGGUAUAGGGCUUGGUGGCUGCAUGUCUCAGGCAAAAUUCAGGUCAAGGUCUACAGCAAUAAUGGCAACAUUUUUCUCACUCACAACCCCUUUAGGGAUUGCUAUUGGCAUUGGAAUAUCAAGUACUUACAACGAUAGCAGCCCAACUGCUCUAAUUGUUGAAGGGACUUUGAAUGCUCUUGCAGCUGGGAUUCUGAUUUAUAUGGCCCUCGUUGACCUGCUAGCACAAGAUUUCAUGAACCCUAGAGUGCAAAAUAAUCUGAGGAUCCAAUUAGGGGCAAAUAUCUCACUUCUUCUUGGGGCUGGAUGCAUGUCUGUCUUGGCUAAAUGGGCUUGA